GGGUUUCUCGCCCGAAGCCGCGUGUCCGUUUCUUUUUUUGUGGUUUCUUGCUGGGUGUUACGGCGUAGGGCCAGAAGAUGUCGUCGACGACCUCGUCGGGGCUCUCGGAUUCCGGUGUGCUCGCCGGGCGGAACCUGUCCAGGUCCCCGGAGAAGCCCGCCAGCAACUUCUCCCAGACUUGCAGCUUGCUGAGCCAGUACUUGAAGGAGAAGGGCACUCUCGGCGAUCUCACCCUCGGCGCGCCCGAGAUGCUGCGUCAGGCUGCCGGGGCGAACCCGAUGAACUUCGCGGCGCCUCCUCCUCGGCCAGUGAAGUCCAUGGAUCUGUUCCCUCAGCAAGUCGGUUUCGGCUACACCAAGGAAGGUGUUGCAAGAGUUGCUGCUGAUUCAAUUGAGGCCAGACCUGCUACUAAGGAGCCAGAAGCUGCACAGAUGACCAUUUUCUAUGCUGGGCAAGUCAUCGUGUUCAACGAUUUUCCGGCUGAUAAGGCGAAAGAGGUCAUGCUCAUGGCAAGCAAGGGAAGCCCGCCCAAUUUCACCCCUCCGGGCACUCCCACUCUGUCCAACGGGAGAAAUGCUUACGCCCCUGAAACUGUCAAAAGCCGGGUCAAUCCGGUCCUCAGCCGUGGCCUCCCCCCGCAUCAUCCGGCUAUUAACAUUAUCCAAGCGUGCCUCCCUGAGCCAACAGUUUCAGAUCUGCCUAUCGCCCGGAGAAACUCGCUCCACCGCUUCCUGGAGAAGAGAAAAGAUAGGAUAACAGCGAGAGCACCAUACCCAACAACCGGCUCACCCGCACCUCCUUCCAAGCCUGCUGAGAGCAAGUCAUGGCUCACCUUAGCUGCUCAAUCACAGUAGUUUGAGCAUAUUAUUUUCAUCAUCAUCAUCAUUAUUAGUUAUUAAUCUUAGCAAUUAUUAAGUUUUUGCUAAUGGUGAUUUCCUUAGCUCCAGUUCCCUUUUUAGCUCUUCGAGCUAUGGCUCUCCUGACCAUUGCCAGCAAAGCCAAUUAGGCCUAACUGUCCAUUAAAUUCUACCAUUAUUUGUAAUUAAUAACUCCAGCACCCCGCUUUCAAUUUGCUACAAUUACUACUAAUUCUGCUUAAAUGUAACUUUUUU